AAGCGGUGGGCCCUGCCUCCACCGCUUUAAAAACCACCCUUUAAAAACUUGAGUUCUUUAGUUCUGUCCACAACUGUGCAAGAUGUUGGUCUCAGUCCUCCUACCGCUUUGUAUUUUCUUCAUCAUCUUUACUUUCAUGUGCCAAAGGCCCAAGAAUUUUCCACCUGGACCUACAGUCUUGCCUGUCCUGGGAAACAUCCUGAGCUUGAGCUUGGGGAACCCCCUGCAGGACUUUGAGAGGCUGAGGAAGGCAUAUGGGAAUGUCUACAGUUUGUACCUUGGUCCCAAACCAGUGGUUGUUAUCAACGGAGUCCAUGCUUUGAAGGAGGCUUUAGUGUCGAAAGCCACUGAUUUUGCUGGACGGCCCCAAGACCUUUACGUGAAUGACACCACCAAUAGAAAAGGAGUGAUCCUGGCUGACUAUGGCACUAGUUGGAAGGAACAUCGUCGCUUUGCUCUGAUGACGUUGAGGAACUUCGGUCUCGGGAAGAAUUCAAUGGAGGAACGGAUUCUUGCAGAGAUUGAGUUCAUCAUGAAUACACUGGAAAAGAGCAUUGGCAAAACCUUGAGUCCUCGACUUAUGUUCCAUAACGCGUCCUCUAACAUCAUUUGCCAGGUUCUGUUUGGUAGACGCUACGAUUAUGAUGAAGAGUUCAUCAAAGUGAUUGUUCAGUGUUUCACUGAGAAUGCCAAGCUGGCUAAUGGACCAUGGGCUAUGCUCUACGACUCCUUACCAAUGAUUCGUAGUCUGCCACUGCCCUUCAUGAAGUCCUUUGAGAAUGUCAAGACUUGUCAAAAACUUGCAAGGCGUGUGUUGGCCGAGCACAAGAGUACCAGAGUCCCUGGAGAGCCCCGAGACUUUAUGGACUGCUAUCUGGAUGAACUGGAAAAGAGAAGUGAUGAAGGUACCACAUUUUCAGAGUCCCAACUCCUCAUGUACGCUCUAGACCUUCACUUUGCUGGGACAGACACCACAUCCAACACCCUCCUGACUGCCUUCCUCUAUCUUAUGACCCACAUGCACAUACAAGAGCGUUGCCAACAGGAGAUAGAUGAGGUGUUGGAAGGGAAGGAUCAAGUAUGUUUUGAUGACAGAAAUAGCAUGCCGUACAUGCAGGCUGUAAUCCACGAAGUGCAGAGAAUAGCCAACACGGUGCCACUUAGUGUCUUUCACUGCACAACAAAAAACACAGAGCUAAUGGGAUAUUCCAUUCCUAAGGGUACAAUGAUCAUCCCAAACCUGACCUCGGUGCUGCAUGAGGAAGGCCAAUGGAAAUUUCCUCAUGAAUUCAACCCUGAAAACUUCCUCAAUAGCAAAGGAGAGUUUGUCAAGCCUGAGGCUUUCAUGCCCUUUUCUGCUGGUCCCCGCAUGUGUCUUGGUGAGGGUCUGGCUCGUAUGGAGCUCUUCCUCAUCAUGGUGACGCUGCUGAGGAAAUUCAAGUUCAUCUGGCCUGAGGAUGCUGGAGAGCCAGACUUCACUCCAGUCUAUGGGGUCACCCUCAGUCCCAAGCCUUAUCAUAUGAAGAUCCAACUUCGGGCUUUGCAGUGAAGCUGAACGCAGACAUAAAGUUACAUAACCUCCUUACUAACUAACAUAACAUCCUUACUAACUAUUGUUUUCUAUCUUGUGUACAGUCGCCUCUCGCUACAUUGCGCUUCCUCACUCUAUUGUGUUUUUAAGAAAAAAAAAUUAAUAAAUGUCCGCCGUUUUGUGGUUGACUGUGGACUAUUAUUAGUAAAAAAUAUCAAAAGACAAGUUAUAUGUAGUUUUCUGAUCACUAGGCGUCAGUAAUGUUACACUGCUGAGACAUGACAUUAGAUUCGAUUACCUUGAAGCUGCAUGGAGUCAGGCAUGGCACGUCCAACAUGACAUAGUGAAAAGAAGCUCUCCUCCCAUUUCGUGUGGCAGUGGUAAAUUUUUGGCUUCUUACUUUGUCCUUCUUCCCCACUAAAUUUGAAACCUUUUUUUAAGUUUUGAAUAUAUAAAUGCGGGCCGCACGGUGGUCUAGUGGUUAGCACGUUGGCCAAUACAGGAACAGCCUGGAGAUCGGGAAGACCUGGGUCAAUUCUCCCCUGGGCAUUUCUGUGUGGAGUUUGCAUGUUCUCCCCGUGUGUGCGUGGGUUUUCUCCGGGCACUCCGGCUUCCUCCCACAUUCCCAAAAAAACAUGCAGGUGAGGUUAAUUGGCGACUCUAAAUUGUCCAUAGGUAUGACUGUGAGUGUGAAUGGUUGUUUGUCUAUAUGUGCCCUGCGAUUGGCUGGCGACCAGUCCAGGGUGUACCCCGCCUGUCGCCCGAAGUCAGCUGGGAUAGGCUCCAGCAUGCCCCCGCGACCCUAAUGACCCUAAUAGAAGGUGGAUGGAUGGAAUAUAUAGCAUGUUAUGUUUAAAGCACCGGCCGUCUCUUGUGCCCCUGCAGUGAUUCCGUAGCAUGCCUGUUACAGAUGAGCAAUGUGUUGUAAACAAAGAAUAAUAGGAGUGUAAAGGUGACUAUAGGGGGGUUAUUUCAUGUCUACAGGGCUGUAAUCCUGGUAAUAAUUGUAUUAAGAAAAGCCAUAAACAGGUUUUCUAUGCUCUAACUACAAAAAUAUUUCAUUUGUUGAAUCCUACUUUGCUAAUUCACUUAUCACAGCUGAAUCUGGAACAAAUUAACUGCGAUAAACGAGGGACAGCUGUAUUGUAUUUUGACAGUGUAUUGACAUGUUUACGCCAGCAGAUGCUGCCUUUCUCCCUUAAUAAUAAAACGUUUCAAUUAAAA